CUUAACAGGGCGAAUUUGACGGCUGUAAACAACAGAAACAUAUGUUCCAACAGCACUUUACAACACACAACACUCGUGGAACAACAAACCAUUUUUCAAGUUUUAUUUAUGAAUUAAAACUAUUUAAUUGUAGCCCUAAUUAUUAAAAAAAAGUCAUUAACCAGCUUACUGGGUCCAGCAGCUAAGAUGCCUUCCUACGAACUAGCCCUCGUGCUGCGCCAAUUGCCGCGUAACGAACUGGUCUCGGUUAUCAAGCGAACCGCUGAAUCCAUAUUGGACAAGGGUGGCAUAAUCCGCAAGCUGGAAAACAUGGGAUCUCGGGCACUACCCCACAAAGUAAGCGAGCACGGCGUGGUCCACCGCGAGGGCACACACUUCACAAUUGCCUUCGACACGGCGCCUACAAAAAUAGCCGAUCUGAAGGAGGAGUUCGGCCGCGACAUAGACAUUAUCCGACGCUACAUCUUUAAGCUGGAGGAGCCCGAACAACAGCCUUGCACCCUGCACGAGGAGAUGCUGCCGCCGGCAUACCGGAAAGAUGUCCAACAGCUCAUUGAAGCCGCUAAAAAGAACCAAAAGAAGAAAUACAACUACAACUCUGGUCUGGAUUACUAUCCAUUCCAGAAGUAAAUCUAAUAAAAGUUCGUUAUUUUUU